UCGGCGGCGAUUUGCAUGGGACAGCAGAAUGGAUAUUUUUGUCAAGUUUGUUUCGCAGAAAGUCGGAAAAGUCAGAUGGCAGCCUUCGUCAUACAAAGGGAUUCAAUUCUCCGAUACAUUUGUAACGGGAAGCUGGGAUGAUGAGGAGAACAAGAUCUCACUCUGGAAGGUUCCAGAGGUCCAGAGCAAAGCCGGAGCCGCAGGGUCUUGGCAACAGGACUAUCCCCAGCAGAAGACUCCAGCCACGUUGGAUGGUCAAGCAGGAGAAGGAGAGCAGGAGCCAGCCCUGCUCUGCCAGCUCAAACAUGGUGGCGAUGUCACAGAUAUACGGUUUGUCAACCAAGAGGUCUUCUUAGCAUCUUCGUCAAGUGGAAGUGUCCAAGCCUUCAGAUGUAACAAAGCUAAACAGGACUUUGUGCCGUCUCAGAAAUGGGAUAGCAUCCACCACCACACAGCAGAUAGCUGCGCAUGUACCUGCGUAGCGGUCAAUGGCACGGAUAUCUCUACCUGUGGAGAGGACGGAAGGAUCAACGUCUUGAGGCUGGAGCACAGGCAACCAAUAAGGACCAUUGAUGAAGCAGAUAGCUGCAGCAUCAAUGCCCUGACACACCUGAAACAGCAUGAGGUCAUAACGGUGAACUCAGCCGGACAGCUCAAGAUAUGGGACCUUCGACAGCCUGGCUCACAGCCAACCAGGUUCUUCAUAGUUUCUGGAGAGAAAGUACCUCUUCAUUGUGUAGACCGGCACCCAACCCAGCCUCAUCUUGUGGCUACCGGUGGACAGAAUGGCAUCCUCAAUAUCUGGGAUAUGAGAAAGGAACAGCUACCAGUCACCCUCUUUGAUGUGCACCAGAGUCACGUUUGGGAGGUCAAGUUUCACCCUACCAGCCCUAACAACCUGUUCACCUGCUCCGACGAUGGAACAGUCCUUCACUGGGACGCCACCAAGGGUCAAAGUUCAACGGGUUCUGCCUUCCGCAACAUGAACACUCCAACAGGACCAAAUCCAUCCAGCAACCUCCUCCUUAGGGGAUCGACAAGGAAUGCGCCCUCUGUUGACAGCGAGACGUCCAGUCCGUGGCUGAGCAGUGAGACCACAAGCAACCAGCUGGAGAUCAAUCACGUCCUUCCAGGAAACUGCAACCCCGUCAACUCCCUGGACGUGGAGGGUCCGCAGCUGAUCUGCGGAACGGACGGGGAGGCCCUCUACUACAUCCCGAACAUGAACAUCUAUUUAUAAACUAUGGCUACCUUGAACAGCUGCUGCUAUGUGGGUACUUGAAGACAAUGUAGUGGUUGCGAAAAGGAUAUUAGAAUGAAAUGUGAUGAGUUCUUGAUAGUAUGGUGCUACUUCAACCAAAAAAAGAUCAUCAUUUUUGGUCAUAAUGAUAAUAAUGGUGGCUUCUUAUAUAGCACUGCACACAUGUCUGUCACGCCAUGAUGCUCCUGGCGCUCCAUCAUUUCUGGUUCCUCGAUUGUCUGGCAAGUGUGUGAGCCACCUCAUUGGCCCUCGUCAGAUCCCUCUCAUUGCCUGUAUCGUACGGCAUGUCACCAUUAAAAGUAGAUGGUCCAUGGAAUGGCGGCCUUGCCCACACGGACAGUCUCCUGAAGAGUUGAUACACGUAUAUCCCCACUUCACAUGUUUUCCUGUGUGAUGUAUAUAGAAUGAAUUUAGUUUGCAUUUUCAAAAGGUACACUAGAUUAAGGCUAUAUGGUCCCAACACUUGGAUCCCUCCUCAAUCGAGGACUCAAAAA